AUGUUACUAUGGUCUACUUCCAUGUUGUCCAAUCGAUUUGUUCCAGCACGUGCUCUUCUUAUAUGUGCUUCUGAUCGAUUAGGUGUAGCCUCGAGUCAUUGGUGUGAUGUUUCAAAGUUCAUAGACUUAGACGAAAAAUUUGAACGAGAUUUUCUGGGCGAUUCAACAAAACGAGAAGUUCUUUCUUCUCGAUCAGCUUUUUGUCGUGCGUUUGAUGAUUUAUGGGGUUCUGCCAUUAAUGAUUUUGAUCGAUGUGGUGAACUCAAUGGAUCGAUUAGUAAUAUCUUUAUUUUUGAUAAUAUAAAUGAACUUUGA